ACCACCACCACCACCACCAACACCACCACCUCCACCAACACCACCACCGCCACCAACACCACCACCUCCACCACCACCACCUCCACCACCACCACCACAACCACCUCCACCACAACCACCUCCACCACCAGCACCACAACCACCUCCACCACAACCACCUCCACCAACACCACCACCACAACCACCUCCACCAACACCACCACCACCAACACCACCACCACCACCACCACCACCUCCGCCUCCACCACCUCCACCAACACCACCUCCUCCACCAACACCACCUCC